AUGGAGGUGGUGGGGAACAGAAGAGACCGAUGGGUCAUCAAGGGGAAGAUCCUCACACCUGCUCCAGUAAAGGUGAACACCAGAGGGAUGAAUCUCACCAUGUCAACAUCAGACGCAGAAAAUCUGGAAGUAACAUGGAGAAUGGACAGAAAUGGCUAUAUCAAAAGGCCUAUGAAUGUGUUCAUGGUCUGGGUGAGAGUCCACAGGCCGUCCAAGUCCAACCCAACAGCCAACAAUGCAGACGUCAGUGUGCAGCUCGGAGCAGAUGAAGCAGAGUGGAGCAGGCUCACUGAGGAAGAGAAGAGGCCCUACUAUGAGAAAGCACUCACUACCUCUGGUGGUAAGCCUGGAGAACGCAAGCGUGAAGCCAGACACUCUGGCAACAACCUUGAAGAAGCUCUUAAACCCAGGAAAAUCAGCAGUCAACAGGCAUACUACAAUUCUGCCAGUGUCCCACCACUAGAUGUGCAUGACCUGGAGAACGUCUUCACCAAUUCUGCGCCAGAGAACCCUGCCAAUGUCUCAGAGGUCCAAGUCACCAACGACGAGGACGGGGAAGAAGUACGCGUGAUGAGAAUUCUCUAG